AUGACAUCUCAAACCGAACAUAACGAAAAAGCUAUAGCUUUCUCUAAAAAGUUUGUACUUAGUAGAAAUUGGCGAAUGCCGCGCUCAAAUAGUAUGUUUACAAAGCCUUCUUGGAAAUUACACAAGUUUCAAGAACUGAAAUCAGAGUUGAAUUUCGUUAAGCACAAACUGGACAACUUCAACAGCGAAACAUGGCAUGCGCAUACAACCAAAAUGAAUCCUGCUGGAUUAGUCAUUGGUCAUCUUAAGAAAAAUAUACGUCCUGAUUUUUUGACUCAAGCUUGGUGUAAGUUCUAUGAGAUCUUAGGAAAUUCUUCUUUGCUUACUCAAGAACGUACAUCCAAAGCUAAUUUCAACUCUGUACAUCUUUGUGAAGCUCCUGGAGCAUUUAUUUCUGCACUGAAUCAUUACAUAUCACUAAAUCAUCAUAACUUAAAUUUCGACUGGUUGGCCAUGACACUUAACCCGUACCAUGAAUCUAAUGGCCAACCUGAAAUUAUUACUGACGACCGCUUAAUAUUGAACACAUUAGACAAAUGGGAAUUCGGUCCGGACUAUACUGGUGACAUAUUUCAACCGAAGUAUCACGAACACUUAUUGGCGACGGUUUCUAAAAGAUUUGUAGACGGCGUAAGUUUGGUAACGGCCGAUGGAAGUAUAGAUUGUCAAAAUGAUCCAGGAGAACAAGAAUGUACUGUCAUGCGUUUACAUAAUUACGAGGUAAUGGUUGGUUUGAACAUAUUAAAAGACAGAGGAUCAUUUGUAUUAAAAACGUUUACGAUAUUUGAAUGUAACACAAUUUGUAGAAUAUACUUGCUUUGUUGUCUAUUUAAAUCUGUCGAAAUUCAGAAACCAGCCACAAGUAAGUCCGGGAAUUCAGAAAUUUAUAUAAUAUGCAAAGAUUACAAAGGUAGACAAUUUGCUGAGCCUUUUAUUCAGUCGUUUUUCGAAAGUGAAAACCACGAAAAUGCAAUGUUUCCUCUUGGGCAAAUACCCAGAACUUUUAUUAACGAAAUAUUCAAGUGUUCAAGUUAUUUUUCAAACUUACAAAUAAGAACUAUCGAGAGGAACAUUAGAUCGUGGUUUCUAAAGGCCGAGUAUUAUAAUGAAAUGAAGGAAAUUCAAAGUUAUGUGUGCAAAGAGUUUAUCAAAAGAUACAAUUUAAAACCGAUUCGUGAAGACCAAACUCUUAUAUCAAAAAACGUAUCCAAAAAGUACAAUAAGAAGAUAUUUGACGUCUCGUACGCGGAAAAGAUGAGCCGUCGUGACUUAAGCCUUCGAGAAGAAGCUGAAAUAUUGUACAAGGACAUGACAAAAUUUUCCAAUUUAGAAAAUAAUAUAUGGAAUAAAAAAUUAUCUGUACGAUGUAAAAAAUCUAACAUCGAUGUGUCACAGGUAAAAUUUUGUAUGGGAAAGCCAGUAACGAAAGUACGCGGAUCAAAAUUUUGCGAUGGGUCGUUACUUGAAUGUAGAAAUAAGAUAAUUGGUAAAUUUCCUUAUGUUGAAAGAACUAGUUGUAAAAAAACUCGAUCCUCGUAUUUCAAAUCUCAACUGAAAAACUGUAAAUCAGAUACAACAGUUUGUGAUUUGACAGAUGUUUAUUUGGAAAAUCGUACAAACAAUGUCAAAUUACAAUACAAUUGUUUGCAUUACAUCUUAGAUUCAUUGAAGCACACUACUAACGAUAUGUUACUAAUUGGAUAUCCACUGCACACUCAAAUAGCCAUCGGAUGUCUUUUUGCAAUGACUGGUAUGUUUGAGUCGUAUGCAAUUUUGAAACCGGAUCGUAACUGCGGCCACGCAUUUGCAUUUUUUGGUCUCCAGAGAAACAAUAGGUGGCUUGAUAUUUUAUACAAAGUCUUGGACAAUAUUUUGCUCACCUCUGAUGAUUACACAGAUUCUGACAAAGCAUUAAUAUCACUGCUUCCAAUACAACAUCUUAUAGAACAGAAAUCUUAUCAUGAAAUUGUUGAACUUAAUAACUUGUGUCUUUUAUAUGAGGUCGAACCAAUUCUUUUGGACUUUCUUCGACCAUAG